AUACCUACAUGGCUGAGUUCAUGGUAGAGAGCAAUGUUACAUUGGACAUCUCUGGUACUCUAUCAUCAAUCAAGGAAAUAACUACAGUUAAUGGAAAUAUGACUAUUGAACUGCUUGAACUAACAGCGGGUACAGUAUCAGUAUUUCUACCAAAUAUGGUUUCAUAGAGAAAUGUUCCUUUAUCAGUGUUUUUUCAUCCAUUGUCUGAUUGUUGUUGAUUGAUAAUGUGUGUUUCUGUGUAGAAUGUGAUAUUGUCGGGGAUGAUUGUACAUGUAACUGUUCGACAAAGUACAUCUGGAGCAAUGCGGUGUGUGACGAGUUCCAGUGUUGCAAUGACUCAUAUUGUAACGCAAAUAUUUCUUACCUGCCAGCCUUCUGUAUUCCCAAAGUGAAAGGUAUUAUUGUUGAUACUGAUAUUUUUACUACCAUUAUUUGAUAUGAUCAAUAGGCUAGAUAAUGCUAUUAACAAUUAUUGAUUAUUAUUAAUUAUUGAUUGUAUAAUUUUUGCUGUUAUUUCUACUAAUAAUUGUAAUUCACUGCUAUUAUUAAUGUAGUUGUUGAUAUUGUUGCAGUAUUAUAUUGUCACAAUUAUCAUUUUUUGUUUUUGUUUACACAGUUCGCUUUAAUGGAAAAGUUACAGCGGAAAAAGUAUUUAGUGAAACUAAUACUAUCAAACAACAGGUACAUUUUCAUUUGUAUAUUUAUGGAAUUCAAAUCUGCUGAAAUAGUAUAGUUUGGUUUAGAUUAAAUGAAUAAAAUGUAUAAUGACUUAAAGGAAUGUAUAUACAUUUCUUAUAACCUGAACAAGUGAUACCUGAACACACAUUAUAUUUAAUAUUGAUGAAAACAUUUCCUUUUUCUCUCAGCUUACAGAGGGUUUUCAAAAAUUUAAUGGGUUUGAGGGCCUUAAUGUAUCUGGACCUAGGUAAUACAUUCAACAUUAAUUAUGGGAUUUAUUCAUUCUUUAAUAUUUGGCAGAGUGCUUGUUUUUCUCCCCAAAGAUGCAACAUCAAUUUCUGUUUUUGUCUCCCUUUCACCCAUUGGCAACUCAAUAUUGACACAUAAGGGGUGAUGGCCACAUUGUUGAUUUCGAAGUGGAUCUCAGUGUCAUAUUUCUGAUUAAAAAACUUGCAAACAUAACAGCUGACCUGGAAACUACUGUAGGCUCCUCUGCCAAAAUAUCUGUUGAAACAUCAGGUAAAUGUCCUGCCUCUUCCAUUACAGUACAGUCCUUUCACGUAGUGAUAUUAAGACCAUGAUAUCUGCCACAUUAGGCUCAGAUAAGGCUCUGCACACUCCAAUCAGAUGCAGUUGCAGAGUUUUUAUUUGCUAAGCUUUUGGUUCUAUGAUAACCUUCGAACCAUACAAACAACUGCAAAGACAGUAUGAUAUUAAGAAAUGUAGCAAGAAUUAUGGUAUGAAAUUGAUUAUGUCUGGUUGGUAAUGAUUAUGUGAAGCGUGUAAAGAUGUAUUGUAUUCUUUUUUGUAUUGAUACUGUAUGUCUCUACUUUUCCACAGGAAUUGUGAGCAUUCAGUAUCCAAUGAACACAGUGGCAUACCGCUCAACACCGACGCUGAGCUGCACAUUUGAUAAAACAACAUUUGAUGAAACAGACGGCACUUGGAACUGGAACUUGAUAAAGGGAAGUGAGACAUUUGGUCUGAACACUGGAACCAGCAUAACCGUCACAUUCCCAGAGGCAUCACCCAACUGUACCACAGUCCAAAUUAAAAAGUUGUCAGGGGACUGGGCAGGUGCGUCUGGGAGACCUAUGAUGCUUGCCAAUAUAAAUCGAGGGAAUAGGAUUAUAUUUCCUGUUUAUGUAGUUAUUGUAAAUAUUAAAUCUGAUUUGUUCGAUGCUGAAAUAUGCCUACUGAUAUGUUAAUGUUUAUUGCUUCUUUAUUGCUUCUGAAGGAAUUUAUAAGUGUGGAUUUUCCAAAGGAUCCAUUGUGCACGCAGCCUCUGCAGAGUUGAAGGUAGCCCUGCUACCAGAUGAGAUCACCAUGACGAGUGCCCCACUGACUGUAGAAUGCCAAGGUCCAAGCCCUCAAAGUGUGAUGGUCAGCGCAACCAUCAAGAACAGCACAGAGAUUUACAAUGUUACUUGGUCAUACCAAGCUCAAAUGGAAUCCCAAAAACCCAGCUCAGGUACACUUAUGAACUGUGUCUUGAACUAUGUAUCACGUUAUUUCUCUUUGUGCUCAAAAUGUAUAAAGUUGCAAAUUUCAACAUUAUUUUCUAGUCUCGCCAGCGGGGACCAGCUACAGCAUAAAUCCAAAGAUAAAUUGCGAGCAAUCAAAAUUACCGCAUGUUGUCACAGUCAACUUUACAAACCAGGAGAACGAGACUGAAAGUGCAAGCAUAACUAUACCAGUGAUGUAUGGUAUGUUUUAGUUGUAUGAGUCCUUUGAAUUAACUUACUUAAUCCUCUUAAUCUCUUUUGGACAUAAGGCCACUUCAACAAGUCACUUAAGAAACACAUUUGAAUGACAGAAAUAAACUUGUAUGGUUUAUUUAUACAACAUUUACAAAAAUGAAGUGGAUGCUUAGUUCUUAUUAAUAGUCCUCACUGACAAAAGCUUGUUUUUAUCAGCUAAGGAAACGGAGACGGCUUGUUUAGUAGACUAUCUUUGGCCAAAAACCCCAAAAGGCGAAACUAUUGUCAUCCGACAAUGUGAGCCGAGAAGAGUGGGCUAUAACGAGCGGACAUGCAAGGGGCCUGAAUGGAUGGAUGUGCUGGAUAACUGUGUCAGUGAGGAACUUAAUAACAUUCUCAAUGCAGCAGAAGUGAGUAUGGCUUUAAACCUUCUGUACUCAUACAAUUCUCAUACGUUAAACUUGAUAUAGAACAUUGGUAGUGUUUUGGGGGAUGCCUAUAUUUUGAGUGAAAGCGCUUGCAUUCCUGCAUUACAACAUUACUCACGGGUUGGUGAUAUAUCACAUUCUUCAACUACACAUCCAGCCACUGGAAUAAUGUGACUAUCAUAAAAAUAUUUUAGGCCUGUAGAAUGUGUUGGUAUUGGAAAGAAAGUUACUAUUCCAUGUAUGUUGUACCAUUACAGAACUUUAGAGAGGGACUUGGGGCCACUCAGGACAUCGCUCUUGAAAUAUUUUCUGGGUUGAAGAACAGCACAGUUGCUGGCACGGGCAGCUCAGUUGCUGAUUUGAAUGCAUCCAUCAGUGUUCUGGAUGUCAUGUCUGAAGCAUCAGAAACCAUCACCCUGGAUGAGUCCGUUUUAGAUGUGAGCCAUUCUGUUUUUUUAUGUUAGAUAGAUUACUCUUUACAUGAGCAAUCUGCAGUUGCUAUGUCCAUUUUUGGACUAAGUCAUGAUAUAUAGCCAUUGAUUCUAGAAUAAUAUAACUUACAAAGGCCUCAGUAGCUUAGUUCAACUGUCUUAACACAUCAGAACCCAAAAUAGAAGCUUGUUUUACUCCAAUGUUUGUAAACAAUGUAAUUGUAAACAAACACUGUACAGCUGGAGAAUGGUUAAAACUAUAAUUUCAUCCAUAGCUCCAUCUACAGUGAGGGAAAAAAGUAUUUGAUCCCCUGCUGAUUUUGUACGUUUGCCCACUGACAAAGACAUGAUCAGUCUAUGGUUUUAAUGGUAGGUUUAUUUGAACAGUGAGAGACAGAAUAACAAAAAAUGCAGAAAAACGCAUGUCAAAAAUGUUAUAAAUUCAUUUGCAUUUUAAUGAGGGAAAUAAGUAUUUGACCCCUCUGCAAAACAUGACUUAGUACUUGGUGGCAAAACCCUUGUUGGCAAUCACAGAGGUCAGACGUUUCUUGUAGUUGGCCACCAGGUUUGCACAGAUCUCAGGAGGGAUUUUGUUCUACUCCUAUUUGCAGAUCUUCUCCAAGUCAUUAAGGUUUCGAGGCUGACGUUUGACAACUCGAACCUUCAGCUCCCCCACAGAUUUUCUAUGGGAUUAAGGUCUGGAGACUGGCUAGGCCACUCCAGGACCUUAAUGUGCUUAUUCUUGAGCCACUCCUUUGUUGCCUUGGCCGUGUGUUUUGGGUCAUUGUCAUGCUGGAAUACCCAUCCACGACCCAUUUUUCAAUGCCCUGGCUGAGGGAAGGAGGUUCUCACCCAAGAUUUGACGGUACAUGGCCCCGUCCAUCGUCCCUUUGAUGCGGUGAAGUUGUCCUGUCCCCUUAGCAGAAAAACACCCCCAAAGUACUCCUGAGUGGCGCAGUGGUCUAAGGCACUGCAUCGCAGUGCUAACUGUGCCACUAGAGAUCCUGGUUCGAAUCCAGGCUCUGUCGCAGCCGGCCGCGACCGGGAGACUCAUGGGCGGCGCACAAUUGGCCCAGCGUCGUCCAGGGUAGGGGAGGGAAUGGCCGGCAGGGAUGUAGCUCAGUUGAUAGAGCAUGGCGUUUGCAACGCCAGGGUUGUGGGUUUGAUUCCCACGGGGGGGGCAGUAUAAAAAAAAUAAAAAAAGAAUGUAUUCACUAACACUAACUUCUGGAUAAGAGCGUCUGCUAAAUGACUAAAAUGUAAAAAAGCAUAAUGUUUCCACCUCCAUGUUUGAUGGUGGGGAUGGUGUUGCAGGGGUCAUAAGCAGCAUUCCUCCUCCUCCAAACAUGUUGAGUUGAUGCCAAAGAGCUCGAUUUUGGUCUCAUCUGACCACAACACUUUCAAACAGUUCUCCUCUGAAUCAUUCAGAUGUUCAUUGGCAAACUUCAGACGGGCCUGUAUAUGUGCUUUCUUGAGCACAGUCCUUCACGGCGUAGUGUGUUACCAAUUGUUUUCUUGGUGACUAUGGUCCCAGCUGCCUAGAGAUCAUUGACAAGAUCCUCCCGUGUAGUUCUGGGCUGAUUCCUCACUGUUCUCAUGAUCAUUGCAACCACGAGGUGAGAUCUUGCAUGGAGCCCCAGGCCGAGGGAGAUUGACAGUUCUUUUGUGUUUCUUCCAUUUGCGAAUAAUUGCACCAACUGCUGUCACCUUCUCACCAAGCUGCUUGGCGAUGGUCUUGUAUCCCAUUCUAGCCUUGUGUAGGUCUACAAUCUUGUCCCUGACAUCCUUGGAGAGCUCUUUCGUCUUGGCCAUGGUGGACAGUUUGGAAUCUGAUUGAUUGAUUGCUUCUGUGGACAGGUGUCUUUUAUACAGGUAACAAACUGAGAUUAGGAGCACUCCCUUUAAGCGUGUGCUCCUAAUCUCAGCUCGGUACCUGUAUAAAAGACACAUGGGAGCCAGAAAUCUUUCUGAUUGAGAGGGGGUCAAAUACUUAUUUCCCUCAUUAAAAUGCAAAUCAAUUUAUAACAUUUUUGACAUGCGUUUUUCUGGAUUUUGUUGUUGUUAUUCUGUCUCUCACUGUUCAAUUAAACCUACCAUUAAAAUUAUAGACUGAUCAUUUCUUUGUCAGUGGGCAAAUGUACAAAAUCAGCAGGGGAUCAAAUACUUUUUUCCCUCACUGUAUGAAUUUGAGAGUGGUUACAUUCCUCUAACUCCAUCCCUGAGAUAUUGACCAAAACAGUGGCACUUUGUUAUUGUUUGAACUGCAGAUUGCACCUUUAAACGGUUGCCAAAUAUUGGGUGACUUGCACAUACCCCAGUCAAGAGUUAUACUGUUGUGUACAAUAUAUCUCAUACAGAAACAUUAAUUUGUCAAAUACAAUUCUCAGGUUUUUCUUGGUGCAGCAAGCAACAUGUUGAAUAACCCUUGGAAGGCAGUCAACAAAACCAUUGAAUAUGGAAUGUCCUCAAAAUACCUCAAGUCUGUCGAGGGUCUAGUAAAGAACAUUAAAAUGAAUACCAGUAACGGAAAUGACACCCCAAAUCUACAAUUCAAUCUCUGCCGAGCUCAAAACAACUCAUCUUGCAAUCAAACUGUGUUUGGCGUGGAGGUCAAAUUGGCCCAGUCCUCAGGAAUAGUAAAAACUGUGGGAGUAAAGAAUCUGGUUGACAAAUUAAACAAUUCAAAAUUCCCAGACAGUGAGUUCCCUAGCAUUGUGGUGUCAGCCACACUGCAAAACAGUAACGACUCCAAAAUAGACAUCAAAUUGGACUUUCCCAUCAACCAGUCAAUGGCUCAAGACUCUAAAAUCCUCUGUGUGUUCUGGAACACCACGUUGAAGGAAUGGUCUGAAGAAGGCUGCAAGUGGAAGGAAAUGGUCAACAACAGAAGCUACUGCGAGUGCACCCACCUGACCUCCUUCUCAGUGCUCAUGUCCAAGACCCCGCCGAACCUGCCCUUUCUGGAUGAGAUCACCUACGUAGGCCUGGGCAUGUCCAUCUGCUCCCUCCUCGUCUUCCUCUUCAUCGAGGCGCUGGUGUGGUCGGCCGUUGUGAAGUCCAACCUCUCGCACUUCCGCCACACAGCCCUGGUCAACAUCUCUCUAUGCCUUUUAUUGGCCGACUGCAGUUUCCUAGCCUCGUCCUUCCCCAGCAUCUCUGCAACCUGGUGCCUCAUCCUGACCGUGACCAAGCAUUUCUUCUUCCUGGCUAUGUUCUGCUGGAUGCUAUGCCUCAGCGUCAUGCUAAUACACCAGCUCAUCUUUGUCUUCCACCCGCUGAGGAAGAGGGUGUAUCUGCUCUUUUCCACCGUCCUCGGCUACGUCUGUCCCACAGUGAUCGUGGCAGCUACCUAUGUGUACUACAAAUACACGGAAAAACCCUACUAUGACACGAAAACCUGCUGGCUCACUUAUGAUGGACUUCUGAAAGGGUCCAUUCAUUCAUUUCUUCUGCCCGUCGGGACGAUUGUUUUGAUGAAUCUCUUCUCCAUGUGUGUUGUCAUCAUGACGCUCGUAAAGUCCAGUAUCCCUGAUGGGAGUAAAGCCGACGAGAACGAGACAGCCAAAAGCAUCCUGAAAGUGGUGCUCUUUUUAACACCAGUCUUUGGGAUAACAUGGGUUUUCGGAUUCUUUCUGCUCAUUGAGUUAAACAAACUAAUGGAUGUUGUGAUGCAUUAUGCUUUCGCCAUCAUAAACUCCUUACAGGUACUUUUUCAUCCAUUUUCCAUUACAAAUAUUAUUGUCUGAAACUAUUGAGUGAAAGGAGCGGAAAUCAGUUUUAACCAUUGUAUUUAUUUAUCGUGUCCAAUUUUUUCAGGGCUUCUUCAUUUUGCUGACUGGAUGUUUUGCAGAGAAAAAGGUAUUUGUCGAUCAUUAGGGAUCUCAUGUGAUAUAAUAUUAUUUAAUAGUGUGUUACAAUAGUGAACUAUGUAUACUAUGUACUACCACUACUGCAUUUUUGUCAUGUUAAUACCAGGUGCGAGAUGAAGUGUUGAGACUAAUCUUGGCUGGGGUGAGUUCUGCUCUUAUAGUUGCUUUGGUUGUCUUCCCAUUCAUUUAUAGAGCAGGAAAAUGUGGUUAAAUGUUCUUAAGUUGCUCUUAUACCUGUGUAGUAAUGCUAUAAUUUUGCUAGUUACAACAUUGUACUUACAUAGUACUAUGGCAAUUGCUUUGUAAUAGUAAUGGAAUUGAACGGCUUUUGUUAUACACAAAUGGAAUGCGGAGUGUGUAAUAACAAACAACGCUCGGCUCCAUUCCUUUGUAAUUAGAAUGCAAAGCCAAUUAGAGAACAAUAUACCAACAUUGUAAUACAAUGCUGUUAUUAUAGAACGUACAGUGUUACUACACAGAAAAGCAACUUAAUGUCAAUUGUUACUGAAAACUCAGAUCACCUCUCUCACCAGGCAUCUACUCCCAAAGGGAAUAGUGAGAAUAUGAAAGUCCCCUUCAAAAAGUGAUGAACAUCAAGGUUUGUACAGUCUUGAUACAGGACACAUAUGUCUGCUGCUGACUGCAGAACACAUGUAAUUAAUGCAAUUAACACUUAACUAUUACACAAUGUUUUACUCUUCAAGCCCUUAAUAAGUUAAAUCAGAUGUGUUAGUACUGGGCUGCAAAAAAAGCCUUAAGGGUCUGCAGGAUUGGGGAUUGAAGAACACUGUACUCAUCAUAUGUUUUCUACCUCAGAGAACUAGCUACAUACUGGAUCAGGACCAACCCACCCAUCUGCCACUACUCUCACGUAGAGGGAAACAUCCACCUGGUUGGUUCCUCAUCGAUAGGGAUGGCUAGGUGGUGUUUAUUAUAUUAUGUCAAUAACCUAUUAUGUUUCAUAUUAAUAACUAAACUCAUACACAUGAAUCAAUUGCUAAACACAUCUUUGUGAUUUCCUGUAAACAUUUGUAUUCCUAUUCUCUAAAAACAGUACUGUAGCAUACUUUAAUGUCAGAAGAGAUGUCGUAAUAUUACUGCUAUGUUGGUCAAUGACAUUUUGUUAAUAUAAUUUAUUUAUUGAGUUGUCCUGCACUUGCAUUAUGACUGUAGAUGAAAUGCGUAAAUCAAAGUUAUUGUAAUAAACCAUAAGCCCGGGAUUCAAAUCAGAGGGGUGUUGUAGACCAGGCCCAGUCCUGGCCCCUGCAAACCUAGAAUAGUCCCAGUAAGAAACAUGACGUUGAAAAGACUUCUAAAAUAGGUAUUUUCCAGACGUUGAAGUUAGGUUCAAUUUAGGUUCUGAAUGAAAUGUGAAAAGACGUAUUUUCCAGACGUUUAAAAUACAUAUUUUCCAGACGUUGAAAAAUAUGUAUUUUCCAGAAGUUUAAAUCAGGUAAAUUUUUGGUUCUGAAUGAAAGUUGAAAACAAGUAAUUUAUAGACGUCUAUGUUUGGACCAAAUCAAGGUCGGUCCAGACCGGACCAAAUCUGAACCAAAAAUAGACGUCUAUGUUUGGACCGAAUCAAGUCCAGACUGGAAAAAUUCUGAACCAAACAUAGACGUCUAUGAUUGGUUCAGAUUUGGUCCGAAGCUGACAGAUAAUCAAUGUCUGUGUCGCCUGAAAUUGAAUUUUAUGAAAGUCCAUCUACAGUGAGGGAAAAAAAUAUUUGAUCCCCUGCUGAUUUUGUACGUUUGCCCACUGACAAAGAAAUGAUCAGUCUAUAAUUUUAAUGGUAGGUUUAUUUGAACAGUGAGAGACAGAAUAACAACAAAAAAAUCCAGAAAAACGCAUGUUAAAAAUGUUAUAAAUUGAUUUGCAUUUCAAUGAGGGAAAUAAGUAUUUGACCCCCUCUCAAUCAGAAAGAUUUCUGGCUCCCAGGUGUCUUUUAUACAGGUAACGAGCUGAGAUUAGGAGCACACUCUUAAAGGGAGUGCUCCUAAUCUCAGUUUGUUACCUGUAUAAAAGACACCUGUCCACACAAGCAAUCAAUCAAUCAGAUUCCAAACUCUCCACCAUGGCCAAGACCAAAGAGCUCUCCAAGGAUGUCAGGGACAAGAUAGUAGACCUACACAAGGCUGGAAUGGGCUACAAGACCAUAGCCAAGCAGCUUGGUGAGAAGGUUACAACAGUUGGUGCGAUUAUUCGCAAAUGGAAGAAACACAAAAUAACUGUCAAUCUCCCUCAGCCUGGGGCUCCAUGCAAGAUCUCACCUCGUGGAGUUGCAAUGAUCAAUCAAUUUUCAAUCAAUUUUAUUUUAUAUAGCCCUUCGUACAUCAGCUAAUAUCUCGAAGUGCUGUACAGAAACCCAGCCUAAAACCCCAAACAGCUAGUAAUGCAGGUGUAGAAGCACGGUGGCUAGGAAAAACUCCCUAGAAAGGCCAAAACCUAGGAAGAAACCUAGAGAGGAACCAGGCUAUGAGGGGUGGCCAGUCCUCUUCUGGCUGUGCCGGGUGGAGAUUAUAACAGAACCAUGCCAAGAUGUUCAAUGUUCAUAAGUGACAAACAUGGUCAAAUAAUAAUCAGGAAUAAAUCUCAGUUGGCUUUUCAUAGCCGAUCAUUAAGAGUUGAAAACAGCAGGUCUGGGACAGGUAGGGGUUCCAUAACCGCAGGCAGAACAGUUGAAACUGGAAUAGCAGCAAGGCCAGGCGGACUGGGGACAGCAAGGAGUCACCACGGCCGGUAGUCCCGACGUAUGGUCCUAGGGCUCAGGUCUCUCAGUUGGCUUUUCAUAGCCGAUCAUUAAGAGUUGAAAACAGCAGGUCUGGGACAGGUAGGGGUUUCGUAACCGCAGGCAGAACAGUUGAAACUGGAAUAGCAGCAAGGCCAGGCGGACUGGGGACAGCAAGGUGUCAGCAUGCCCGGUAGUCCUGACGUAUGGUCCUAGGGCUCAGGUUCUCAGAGAGAAGGAGAGAACGAGAGAAUUAGAGAGAGCAUACUUAAAUUCACACAGGACACUGGAUAAGACAGGAGAAGUACUCCAGGUAUAACCAACUAACCCCAGCCCCCCGACACAUAAACUACUGCAGCAUAAAUACUGGAGGCUGAGACAGGAGCGGUCCGGAGACACUGUGGCCCCAUCCGAAGAAACCCCCGGACAGGGCCAAACAGGAAGGAUAUAACCCCACCCACUCUGCCAAAGCACAGCCCCCGCACCACUAGAGGGAUAUCCUCAACCACCAACUUACAAUCCUGAGACAAGGCCGAGUAUAGCCCACAGAGGUCUCCACCACAGCACAAACCAAGGGGGGGCGCCAACCCAGACAGGAAGAUCACGUCAGUAACUCAACCCACUCAAGUGACGCACCCCUCCUAGGGACGGCAUGAAAUGAUCAUGAGAACAGUGAGAAAUCAGCCCAGAACUACACGGGAGGAUCUUGUCAAUGAUCUCAAGGCAGCUGGGACCAUAGUCACCAAGAAAACAAUUGGUAACACACUACGCCGUGAAGGACUGAAAUCCUGCAGCGCCCGCAAGGUCCCCCUGCUCAAGAGAGCACAUAUACAGGCCCGUCUGAAGUUUGCCAAUGAACAUCUGAAUGAUUCAGAGGAGAACUGGGUGAAAGUGAUGUGGUCAGAUGAGACCAAAAUUGAGCUCUUUGGCAUCAACUCAACUCGCCGUGUUUGGAGGAGGAGGAAUGCUGCCUAUGACCCCCAAGAACACCAUCCCCACCGUCAAACAUGGAGGUGGAAACAUUAUGCUUUGGGGGUGUUUUUCUGCUAAGGGGACAGGACAACUUCACCGCAUCAAAAGGACGAUGGACGGGGCCAUGUACUGUCAAAUCUUGGGUGAGAACCUCCUUCCCUCAGCCAGGGCAUUGAAAAUGGGUCGUGGAUGGGUAUUCCAGCAUGACAAUGACCCAAAACACACGGCCAAGGCAACAAAGGAGUGGCUCAAGAAGAAGCACAUUAAGGUCCUGGAGUGGCCUAGCCAGUCUCCAGACCUUAAUCCCAUAGAAAAUCUGGGGAGGGAGCUGAAGGUUCGUUGCCAAACGUCAGCCUCGAAACCUUAAUGACUUGGAGAAGAUCUGCAAAGAGGAGUGGGACAAAAUCCCUGCUGAGAUGUGUGCAAACCUGGUGGCAAACUACAAGAAACGUCUGACCUCUGUGAUUGCCAACAAGGGUUUUGCCACCAAGUACUAAGUCAUGUUUUGCAGAGGGGUCAAAUACUUAUUUCACUCAUUAAAAUGCAAAUCAAUUUAUAAAAGAUUUAGCAUGCGUUUUUCUGGAUUUUUUUAUUGUUAUUCUGUCUCUCACUGUUCAAAUAAACCUAACAUUAAAAUGAUACACUGAUCAUGUCUUUGUCAGUGGGCAAACGUACAAAAUCAGCAGGGGAUCAGAUACUUACUGAAUGUGGUAGGCCUAACGUUUGUAAAACACCAAAAAAAGACAGCCAAAAGACGUUGCCGUUGGUCCGUGCUUACUGGGCUGUAGCCUACCAUGUCAGCCCACAAUGGAAUCUUAUGAAUGCCCAUCCAUGUGGUAGUCCUACCGUUUGUAAAACAGACACUUGCAUUGCCUUUAUUAGUCCUAAUUCCUGUGACUAAUCAAUUUGGCUAUUUAAGCUCUGAAAAUCAGAUACCCAAGUUCAUCAGGAGUUAUCCUGAGCCUAUUUGCAAUGAGAAUCAAUGAGUUUACACAGCGGGAAAUGCAGAAGUAUUUACUUUUUCGCUAUGAUCAGCUGUCAAAAAUUUACAGAUACAAACUUGAAACCACUGAUCAUGACAAUUUAGCCCACGGGGUGAAACUCCUGGACAGCAAUUGUGAGUAGCCUGAUUGUCCAUUCCAUAUUGCCCAUUUUACUUUGACCUGUCCUGUUUUUAGGAUAUGUUAGUUGUUAACAUAUCAGCAUAUUUUAUAUUUGAUUAGGCUCCAAUUAGGAUGGGCUAUUUGAUCUGAGAAACCUUCACGGUGUACAAAGUGUCCGUCUCAUUACAUUGUCAUACAGCAAUGAGUCUCUCCAACAGCACCCUGGAGCUUUGAUUAUUUGAAUCAGCUGUGUAGUGCUAGGGCAAAAACCAAAACGUGCACCCGGGGGGCCAGGACCGAGCUUGGGAAACCCUGUUGUAGAAAAGCACAUUGCCUAGCAACAAGGUGUCUUUUAAAGGCUAUUUCCCCAACAUUUGCGGAGAUUGCGUUCAUUGUAAACACUGCAGAUAUCGGCGCACGCGGAAAUUAGCUUCAAAUGCACUUCAUUUGCUGUACACUUGUAGACAACGCACCUUUGAUUGAAUCCCGGCCUAAUAGUUUUUUAUUUUAAAGCUAGAUUAACAUCUAUGGUGAAAAAUGAUUUAGGGGCUGUCAAUGUUUUAACCCCUAGUUGAACCCCUCCUCCCAAAACCAAUGUGCCUGUUCAAUGUGUAAACUGAUGUUUUUAAACUGUAGUGCUUUGUGUUUUAUCUUUUAAAUGUUUGUGUGCUGCUUUUUGAAACCAGGUCUGUCUUACAAAAAUAAAUGUGUAAUCUCAAUGAGACUAAGGGCUCUAUGAAAUCCGUAUCGCGGAAGUUCAGCGUUACAGUGUGAUUAUCGGAAAUUAUCUUUACAUUUAUAUCGCGCAAUCUGUAACGCUUCAGUAAUACAGAUUGAAUAGAGCCCUAACCUGGUAAAAUAAAGGUAAAAUAAAUAAAUAAAUAAUUUAAACUCACUGCCACCAAUUUAUUGUUAGGAAUAUAGCAGCAUAAAUUGUGGCUGUAGACCAAAUGCAUGUAAGUAAUAGAAUGAGAAACUAAGAUUAACUAGCUUUACUAGGGAAGGGUAGUAUCUCAAUUAGUCUAUGGCCUAGAUUCAAUCUGGAACGUGGAAGAUCCACGUUAUAGUGAUUGACAUCUAAAGGCAAUGUUCCCACGUUCGCAGAGACUGAAUUCACGCUAAGACGCUGCAUAUGUUGGUUCAAUCAGAAGUUACCUUUAAAUGUCAAUCGCGCUGUAACGCAGAUCUUCUGCGGUCCGGAUUGAAUCUAGCCCUAUGUUAAUAAUUAAUUAUUACAUUGUUAUCUGUAUGUGUGUGCUCUUUCAACCAUCUCAUAAAUAAAGCGACAGAAAUCUCACAGAAACAAUAAUUUCAUUAUUGAGCAACUUGCAACAAUGUUAUUUUAGUGCAUGCAUGUACAAUUACAAGUGUCCAAACCAAACAUAAACAUUAUAAGUAAUUAAUAUAUAUUUUUACAUACAGUUGAUACCAGGCCUGGCUCCAGGAUGAUAUGCCUGAGGGGGCAUUUUAAAUCCAUGGGGUGGGUGGGUGGUUGGGGGGGAGCACAACUAGUAUAAUGCUUUAGAGCUCCAAUAAAAACAAGGUAGAUUGGUCCUACUACUGUUCAAAUGCACAAAGAUGUAUCUGAAAUGUAGCCGUACACGUCACCAACUGUUGUUUUAUAGAAUAACAACAAACAUUUACCUGGACAACUCUGCAACUCUGCAAAUAUCACUGCUGGGUGAUUUGAAAAGUCAUAGUCAAAUCGAUCAAUAAUAUAAUAAUACUCUUAACAAAAAUGUUCAUCUUUAAUUUACACUCUGUAGAAACUAUGAGAAUAGAAGUGUCAGAACUUUUGUGAAACAUCAUAGCAUAGUUGAAAUAUAUAUGGCAAAUAGAAAUCAAAACUGGAUGGUGUUCAGAAAUAGAUGGGAAGGGGUUGAGGGUAGUUGAAGGAUGGGACAAAAAACAAAUAAAAGAUAACUAAUGUAAAAUAUACUGUGUCCUUAAAAUGUAUAUAGCAUGUACUGUAUAAGAUGGAAGUAGAAGCCUAAGUGUUGUUGUCCAUUAGUUUACUCCAAUUAUGGGAGGGGUGGUAGGGUUAGGGGAAAAUAAUAAAGGAUAAUAUUUAAAAAUAUAUACAGUGAUGUCAAGGUCUGAUGUGGAUGCGGUGGUGGAGUCAAGCGCAGGACACAGAGGAAUAGUCAAGACGACUUUACUAAUACCUCUCAAGGUACACACAAAUCCACAGCCACCAAAAACACAAGAGGCAUAACAAAAUACGCAAGUGUGUAAAACCCACAAAAGCCAAGGUCACAGAACCUAUACAUACACGACAGGCGACAAUAACACACAAAAUGCAAACCUAACACAGGGGAACUUAUAGGAGACAUAAUCAAGACAGAAUACGAGACAGGUGCACCAACUAGACAUAACCAAACAAACAUCGAAAACAUCAAGUGGUAGUAGCUAGUACUCCGGGGACGACGAACGCCGAAGCCUGCCCGAGCAAGGAGGAGGAGCAGCCUCGGCGGUCUCCGUGACAAGUGAAUUUGGAAAGUAUUCAGAUCCCUUCUACUUUUUGUUAUGUUACAGACUUAUUCUAAAAUUGAUUAAAUUAAUGUUUUUCCUCAUCAAUCUACACACAAUACCCCAUAAUGACAAAGCAAAAACAGGUUUUUAGACAUUUUUGGAAAAUUACAAAUAACAGAAAUGCAUUAUUUACAUAAGUAUUCAGACCCCUUGCUAUGAGACUCGAAAUUGAGCUCAGGUGCAUCAUGUUUCCAUUGAUCAUCCUUGAGAUGUUUCUACAACUUGUUUUGAGUCCACCUGAGGUAAAUUCAAUUGAUUGGGCAUGAUUUGGAAAGGCACACACCUGUCUAUAUAAGGUCCCACAGUUGACAGUGCAUGUCAGAGCAAAAACCAAGCCAUGAAGUCGAAGGAAUUGUUCGUAGCGCUCUGAGACAGGAUUGUGUCGAGGUACAGAUCUGGAGAAGGGUACCAAAAAAUGUGUGCAGCAUUGAAGGUCCCCAAGAACACAGUGGCCCCAUCAUUCUUAAACGGAAGAAGUUUGGAACCAUCAAGACUCUUCCUAGAGCUGGCCGCCCAGCCAAACUGAGCAAUCGGGGGAGAAGGGCCUUGGUCAGGGAGGUGACCAAGAACCCGAUGGUCACUCUGACAGAGCUCCAGAGUUCCUCUGUGGAGAUGGGAGAACCUUCCAGAAGGACAACCAUCUCUGCAGCACUCCACCAAAUCAGGCCUUUUUGGUAGAACAGCCAGAUGCAAGCCACUCCUCAGUAAAAGGCACAUGACAGCCCGCUUGGAGUUUGCCAAAAGGCACCUAAAGGACUCUGACCAUGAGAAACAAGAUUCUCUGGUCUGAUGAAACCAAGAUUGAACUCUUUGGCCUGAAUAUGAAGCGUCACGUCUGGAGGAAACCUUGCACCAUCCCUAUGGUGAAGCAUGGUGGUGGCAGGAUCAUGCUGUGGGGAUGUUUUUCUGCGGCAGGGACUGGGACACUAGUCAGGAUCGAGGGAAAGAUGAACGGAGCAAAGCACAGAGAGAUCCUUGAUGUUAACCUGCUCCAGAAUGCUCAGAACCUCAGACUGGGGUGAAGGUUCACCUUCCAACAGGACAAUGACCCUACGCACACAGCCAAGACAACACAGGAGUGGCUUUGGGAAAAGUCUCUGAAUGUCCUUGAGUGGCCCAGCAAGAGCCCGGACUUGAACCCGAUCGAACAUCUCUGGAGAGACCUGAAAAUAGCUGUGCAGUGACACUCCCCAUCCAACGUGCCAGAGCUUGAGAGGAUCUGCAGAGAAGAAUGUGAGAAACUCCCCAAAUUCAGGUGUGCCAAGCUUGUAGCGUCACACCCAAGAUGACUCAAUGCUGUAAUCGCUGCCAAAGGUGCUUCAACAAAGUACUGAGUAAAGGGUCUGAAUACUUAUGUAAAUGUUUUUUUGUUUUUUUAUUUAUAUAUACCUUUGCAAAAAACUCUGCAAAUCUGUUUUUGCUUUGUCAUUAUAGGGUGUUGUGUGUAGAUUGAUGAGGAAAAAAACGAUUUAAUCCAUUUUAGAAUAAGGCUGUAACUUAGCAAAAUUCACACCUGGCCCAGCAGGGAAUCAACAAGCAGUUGUCUGGACUUCACAGAGGCUUGGAAGUUACAGGGUUUUAUGUAUCACUUUGAUGCAAUCUUUAAAAGUAUGUGGAAGAUUUUCACAACUCUAAGCACAUUAAUCGAAUCAGGUCAUCGAACUGGCUCAUGCUUCAAAACUCUAAGCACAUUUUAAAUUGACUGAGUACAUCAAACCUAGUGAUAAAAAACGUUGACACUGUAUAUGACAUGAGAUUUAUGAUAUGGAAAUGUGAAGUGCACAUUUGGACUCAUGGGGCACAGUAGAUCACCCCCAGAAGCCUUUGCAAGGGAAAAAUCUGCAUAAACAUUAUUGAUUCGCUUUCACUGUAAGACAAGGCGGCCCCUCGCUAUACCCUUUGUAAUUGGGGGGUGGUGUGUCUGGACUUGUAGAUGUAGCCUGGUUUUGAGUACUAUGAACAUAUCAGAUGUAAUUAGUAGAUUAGGAUUUUUAAGAUCAAGAAGGAUCUCUCUCUCUCACACACACAAUUAUAUUCCCUGAUGCUGCAGACAUCAGUUUUCUAGAAUUAAGGAUUACAUUUUACAUCCUAGAUAUUAGUGGUGGGCACCAAUAUCGGUAUUUCAAUCUUUUGAUAUCAAUAUGAGCAAGGCAUAUCGUGAUUUUGAAUUUAUCUGAUCUCUAUACAGAAUUGGUAAUUCAAACAUACAAUGAUAUUUAUCUGCUACAAUUCCCCAUUCAAUACUGUUGUUUGAAAAACAAGCACUCAAGCAAAACACAAAGCUAAACAUACAAGCAUGUGAUGAUAAAUACAAUUACUUCUCAAUAUGCACAUUUUAGGUUUGGGCACCAAUAUAGCUCUGUAGCUCAGCUGGUAGAGCACGGCGCUUGUAACGCUAAGGUAGUGGGUUCGAUCCCCGGGACCACCCAUACACAAAAAAUGUAUGCACGCAUGACUGUAAGUCGCUUUGGAUAAAAGCGUCUGCUAAAUGGCAUAUUAAUAAUAAUUAAUUAAUUAAAAAUAGCUAUUUCAAUAUAAUGUUGAUAUCUUUUUAUCAAUAUGAGCAAGGCGUAUUGUGAUAUCAGUUUAUCCUUGCUGUUAACCUACACUAUACAGUCCAUCCAGAAAGUAUUCAGACUCCUUACAUUUUUCCACAAAUGGAUUAAAUAAUUUUUUCCCUCAUCACUCUACACACAAUAACCCAUAAUGACAAAGCGAAAACUGGUUUUUAGAAAUGUUUGCAAAUGUAUUAAAAAUUAAAAAACAGAAAAACCUUACUUACAUACAUUACCAGUCAAAAGUUUGGACACACAUACUCAUUCAAAGGUUUUUCUUAUUUUUACUAUUUUUUACAUUGUAGAAUAAUAGUGAAGACAUCAAAACUACGAAAUAACACAUAUGGAAUCAUGUAGUAACCAAAAAAGUGUUAAACAAAUCAAAAUAUAAUUUAUAUUUGAGAUUCUUCAAAUAGCAACCCUUUGCCUUGAUGACAGCUUUGCACACUCUUGGCAUUCUCUCAACCAGCUUCAUGAGGUAGUCACCUGGAAUGCAUUUCAAUUAACAGGUGUGCCUUCUUAAAAGUUAAAUUGUGGAAUUUCUUUCCUUCUUAAUGCGUUUGAGCCAAUCAGUUGUGUUGUGACAAGGUAGGGGGGGUAUACAGAAGAUAGCCCUAUUUGGUAAAAGACCAAGUCCAUAUUAUGGCAAGAACAGCUCAAAUAAGCAAAGAGAAACAACAAUCCAUCAUUAUUUAAGACAUGAAGGUCAGUCAAUACGGAACAUUACAAAAACUUUGAAAGUUUAUUCAAGUGCAGUCGCAAAAACCAUCAAGCGCUAUGAUGAAACUGGCUCUCAUGAGGACCGCCACAGGAAUGGAAGACCCAGAGUUACCUCAGCUGCUGAGGAUAAGUUCAUUAGAGUUACCAGCCUCAGAAAUUGCAGCCCAAAUAAAUGCUUCACAGAGUUCAAGUAACAGACACAUCUCAACAUCAACUGUUCAGAGGAGACUGUGUGAAUCAGGCCUUCAUGGUCGAAUUGCUGCAAAGAAACCACUACUAAAGGACACCAAUAAUAAGAAGAGACCUGCUUGGGCCAAGAAACACAAGCAAUGGAAAUUAGACUGGUGGAAAUCUGUCCUUUGGUCUGGAGUCCAAAUUGGAGAUUUUUGGUUCCAACCACCGUGUCUUUGUGAGACGUGGUGUGGGUGAACGAAUGAUCUCCGCAUGUGUAUUUCCCACCGUAAAGCAUGGAGGAGGAGGUGUUAUGGUGUGGGCGUGCUUUGCUGGUAACACUGUCUGUGAUUUAUUUAGAAUUCAAGGCACACUUAACCAGCAUGGCUACCACAGCAUUCUGCAGCAAUAUGCCAUCCCAUCUGGCUUGGGCUUACUGGGACUAUCAUUUGUUUUCAACAGGACAAUGACCCAACACACCUCCAGGCUGUGUAAGGGCUAUUUUACCAAGAAGGGGGGUGAUGGAGUGCUGCAUCAGAUGACCUGGCCUCCACAAUCCCCCAACCUCAACCCAAUUGAGAUGGUUUGGGAUGAGUCGGACCGCAGAGUGAAGGAAAAGUAGCCAACAAGUCCUCAGCAUAUGUGGGAACUCGUUCAAGACUGUUGGAAAAACAUUCCAGGUGAAGCUGGUUGAGAGAAUGCCAAGAGUGUGCAAAGCUGUCAUCAAUGCAAAUAUAUUUUGAUUUGUUUAACACUUUUUUAGUUACUACAUGAUUCCUUAUGUGUUAUUUCAUAGUUUGAGGUCUUCACUAUUAUUCUACAGUGUAGAAAUUGUAAAAAUACAGAAAAACCCUGGAAUGAGUAGGUGUGUCCAAACCUUUGACUGGUACUGUAAGUAUUCAGACCCUUUGCUAUGAGACUCGAAAUUGAGCUCAGGUACUUCCAGUUUCCAUUGAUCAUCCUUGAGAUGUUUCUACAACUUGAUUGGAGUCCACCUGUGGUAAAUUCAAUUGAUUGAACAUGAUUUGGAAAGGCACACACAUGUCUGUAUAAGAUCCUACAAUUCACAGUGCAUGCCAAAGCAAAAAACCAAGCCAUGAGACCGAAGGAAUUGUCCGUAGAGCUCAGAGAUAGGAUUGUGUCGAGGCACAGAUCUGGGGAACGGUACCAAAACAUUUCUACAUUAUUGAAGGUCCCAAAGAACACAAUGGCCUCCAUCAUUCUUAAAUGGAAGAAUUUUGGAACCACCAAGACUCUUCCUAGAUCUGGCCGCCCAGCCAAACUGAGCAAUCGGGGGAGAAGGGCCUUGGUCAGGGAGAUGACCAAGAACCCGAUGGUCAUUCUGACAGAGCUCCAGAGUUCCUCUGUGGAGAAGGACAACCAUCUCUGCAGCACUCCACCAAUCAGACCUUUAUGGUAGAGUAGCCAGACGGCACAUGACAGCCCACUUGGAGUUUGCCAAAAGGCACCUCUGAUCUAAUGAAACCAAGAUUAAACUCUUUGGCCUGAAUGCCAAGCGCCACGUCUGGAGGAAACCUGGCACCAUCCCUACGGUGAAGCAUGGUGGUGGCAGCAUCAUGCUGGGGGAUGUUUUUCAGUGGCAGGGACUGGGAGACUAGCCAGGAUCGAGGGAAAGAUGAACGGAGCAAAGUACAAAGAGAUCCUUGAUGAAAACCUGCUCAAGAGCGCUCAGGACCUCAGACUGGGGAGAAGGUUCACCUUCCAACAGGACAACGACCCUAAGCACAUGGCCAAGACAACGCAGGAGUGGCUUCAGGACAAGUCUCUGAAUGUCCUUGAGUGGCCCAGCCAGAGCCCGGACUUGAACCGGAUCUAACAUCUCUGGAGAGACCUGAAUAUAGCUGUGCAGCGACGCUCCCCAUCCAACCUGACAGAGCUUGACAGGAUCUGCAGAGAAGAAUGGGAGAAACUCCCCAAAUACAGGUGUGCCAAGCUUGUAGUGUCAUACCCAAGAAGACUCGAGGCUGUAAUCACUGCCAAAGGUGCUUCAACAAAGUACUGAGUAAAGGGUCUGAAUACUUAUGUAAAUAUGAUAUCUCCGUUUUCUGUUAUUUUUUGCAAAGAUUUCAGAAAACCUGUUUUGCUUUGUUAUUAUGGGGUAUUGUGUGUAGAUUGAUGAAGGGAAAAAACUAACAAUUUAAUCAAUUUUAGAAUAAGGCUGUAACGUAACAAAAUGUGGAAAAAGUCAAGGGGUCUGAAUACUUUCCAAAUGCACUGUAUAUUAGCAUACUUAAUUGUCUGGUGAUGGUUGAUGGGCUCCUCAGUGUACUCAAACAGGUUAGGGGUAGGCUUAGGCCACCAGAGCAUUUACACCUGCCCCAGUGGGGAAUCAAUAAGCAGUUGUCUGGACUUAAUGGAGUCUUGGAAGUUCCAUAUGUCUUUUUCAAUCACUAUGGUGCAAUUUUCACAAGUAUGUGGUACAUUUUCAUAAUUCAAAGCACAAAAUCAAAAGAGAUCAUCAAAAUGGCUCAUGUUUCAAAUCUCUAAGCAUAUUUUCAAUUGACUGAGUACAACAAACAAAUUCAGAAAGUCAAUUCACUGCACCAAAUCACUCUUUCAAUUUGGAUACAUAUUCAUUCUAAGUAUCGGUUUUUCAAUAUUCGCUUAAUUUUUUAUAUGAUUUUCUUGUCAUGUUAACAAUACAAUUAGCUAUCACUUAAUCAAACUGAUCAAAACGAAUGACUACUAAACCAAAAUGAUGUAGUGCCUAGUUAACGUAUAUACACUGAACAAAAAUAUAAACGCAACAUGUAAAGUGUUGGUCCCAUGUUUCAUGAGCUGAAAUAAAACAUCUCAGACAUUUUACAUACACACAAAAAGUAUAUUUAUCUAAAAUUUUGUGCACAAAUUUGUUUAUAUCCCUGUUAGUGAGCAUUUCUCCUUUGCCAAGAUAAUCCAUCCAUUUAACAGGUGUGGCAUAUGAAGAAGCUGAUUAAACAGCAUGAUCAUUACACAGGUGCACCUUGUGCUGGGGACAAUAAAAGGCCACUCUAAAAUGUGCAGUUUUGUCACACAACACAAUGCCACAGAUGUCUAAAGUUUUGAGGGAGUGUGCAAUUGGCACGCUGACUGCAGGAAUGUCUACCAGAGCUGUUACCAGAGACUUGAAUGUUCAUUUCUCUACCAUAAGAUGCCUCCAACAUCAUUUGAAAGAAUUUGGCAGUACAUCCAACCGGCCUCACAACCGCAGACCAUGUGUAACCACGCCAGCCCAGGACCAUCACAUUAAUAAAGCCCUUUUGUGGGGAAAACUCCUUCUGAUUGGCUGGGCCUGGCUUGCCAAGUGGGAUGGCCUAUGCCCUUGCAGGCUCACCCAUGGAUGCACCCCUGCCCAGUCAUGUCAAAUCCAUAAAUUAGGGCCUAGUGAAUUUAUUUCAACUGACUGAUUUCCUUAUAUGAAUUGUAACUCAGUAAAAUCUGAAAUACUGUACGUGGGUUAUAUACAUGUAUAGCAAUGGUCUAUUUGCAUAUAGGCCUACUGCAGCUCUGAUUGGUUAUGCCACACCGGUCUGUGUAGAGCACGGGCUGAGUUGUGCAUGUCAAUGCCAUAGAAUCCUACUCCCAUGCAUUCUGCCUACAACAAAAUCUCUUGCAUAGUUCGUUUUGUUUCAAUAUGUUGCAUUGAAAAUGGCUAAUAUUGCUUUGAUUCAAUCACAAUUGCCACAUUAAAGGCAAAACUUAGAUAGUGUUAACAGGGAAAACUCUAGAACAGUGGUCACCAACCUUUUCUGAGUCAAGAUCACUUCCUGAGUCAAAAUGCAAGCUGAGAUCUAACGCUCAUGGCUUAAAAAACGUAAGCCUAUGCAACAUUAACCAAUGAAAAACAGUACUGUAGCAACAAGGUUUGUGCAGUAAGCUAUAGGCCCAUACAUUAUCACCGCAUAUUGUCUUUGCUUGAAUUGCCCUGCCAACGCAUUGUUGUUUGGGAAAUUCUUUUAAAAUUAUAUUUCAAAAAUUCAGGUAGGCUGUAUGAUCACACCGGUAAUAGAUACGUUGUUGUAUUACGUGUGAGAAACGUUUUAUUAUUUUAUUACUUUUUAUUUUUUAUUUUACUGGGUCGAUGGUGCCUGCAUCUAUUGUCAGUCUCAUCGGAGGGAUAGAGCAGCAGACUGAGGGUCCGCCUCUCAACAUCCCUCCGCUCUCCCUUUCUUCCACUGACACUGACCAAAAAGGGACACUGUCUUCCAGCUGAUGGCGAAAACUCGAGUCGCACCGCAUUAUUUCUGACUCAUGCACAGAUUCAUGUUGUUUCUCCUAUGAACAGAGAAAGUGAAAUAUUACUCAAUAUUAAAAAAGACCAAGCUGCAAAUAAUAACAGUGCAAGCCUAUCGAUACACUUUCCUACUCAUUCAUUACUGCUGCAGUGUUUGUUUUAGCACUGAGUGGAAAUAGGGAGAUUGUGCAUUUUAUGGCUUAUAAAAGUGUUGAAUAAAAAGUGUUGACAGUGCUGAGUAAGAACUUAAGCAUGAACAUUUUUAUUUAAUCAAUUUUUGAAUAAGGCUGUAACAUAACUAAAUACGGAAAAAGUCAAGGGGUCUGAAUACUUUCCAAAUCCACAUAGUGACUCUUUCCACUUUGUCCUAUGAUGUAGUAUUUACAGCCACAUCCAUAUAUGAUUUGGUUUGACCUUUUCAACGUAAGUUGAUGCCAAAUCGAUACACAUGAGGUAAAAAUAAAAAAAUGUUCAGCAGUUAUGAAACUAUAUACUAUAGUCCCCUGUAGCUCAGUUGGUAGAGCAUGGUGCUUGCAACGCCAGUGUUGUUGGUUCGUUUCCCAUGGGGGGCCAGUAUGAAAAUGUAUACACUCACUAACUGUAAGUUGCUCUGGAUAAGAGCGUCUGCUAAAUGACUAAAAUGUAAAUAUAAUGUUAACUAGGCACUAAUUAUUUUAGUUCAGUAGUUAUCAGUUUUGAGCAGUUUGAUUAAGUGAUAGUUAAAAGCAUGUAUGCGCACAUGACUGUAAGUCGCUUUGGAUAAAAGCGUCUGCUAAAUGGCAUAUUAUUAUUAUUAUUAUAUUACUAUUGAUACACUGUAAGCAGAGUGACAGGCACCACUGUAUAAGAUGACAAUUCACAUAAAAAAAGGUGCUUGUGUACAAUAUUGCAUGUGGCCGAAAUCAAAUCAAAUUGUAUUUAUCACAUGCGCCGAAUACAACAGUUGUAGACCUUACCGUGAAAUGCUUGCUUACACGCCCUUAACCAACAAUGCAGUUUUAAGAAAAAUAAGAGUUAAGAACCAUAGAUACUAAAUAAACUAAAGUAAAAAAUAUAAAAGAGCAACAAUAAAAUAACAAUAACGGGGCUAUAUACAGGGGGUACCAGUACCGAGUCAAUGUGCGGGGGUACGGGUUAGUCGAGGUAAUUGAGGUAAUACAGUGGGGGGGAAAAGUAUUUAGUCAGCCACCAAUUGUGCAAGUUCUCCCACUUAAAAAGAUGAGAGAGGCCUGUAAUUUUCAUCAUAGGUACACGUCAACUAUGACAGACAAAAUUAGAAAAAAAAAUCCAUAAAAUCACAUUGUAGGAUUUUUUAUGAAUUUAUUUGCAAAUUAUGGUGGAAAAUAAGUAUUUGGUCAAUAACAAAAGUUUCUCAAUACUUUGUUAUAUACCCUUUGUUGGCAAUGACACAGGUCAAAUGUUUUCUGUAAGUCUUCACAAGGUUUUCACACACUGUUGCUGGUAUUUUGGCCCAUUCCUCCAUGCAGAUCUCCUCUAGAGCAAUGAUGUUUUGGGGCUGUCGCUGGGCAACACAGACUUUCAACUCCCUCCAAAGAUUUUCUAUGGGGUUGAGAUCUGGAGACUGGCUAGGCCACUCCAGGAUCUUGAAAUGCUUCUUACGAAGCCACUCCUUCGUUGCCCGGGCGGUGUGUUUGAUUGUCAUGCUGAAAGACCCAGCCACAUUUCAUCUUCAAUGCCCUUGCUGAUGGAAGGAGGUUUUCACUCAAAAUCUCACGAUACAUGGCCCCAUUCAUUCUUUCCUUUACACGGAUCAGUCGUCCUGGUCCCUUUGCAGAAAACAGCCCCAAAGCAUGAUGUUUCCACCCCCAUGCUUCACAGUAGGUAUGGUGUUCUUUGGAUGCAACUCAGCAUUCUUUGUCCUCCAAACACAACGAGUUGAGUUUUUACCAAAAAGUUCUAUUUUGGUUUCAUCUGACCAUACGACAUUCUCCCAAGCCUCUUCUGGAUCAUCCAAAUGCACUCUAGCAAACUUCAGACGGGCCUGGACAUGUACUGGCUUAAGCAGGGGGACACGUCUGGCACUGCAGGAUUUGAGUCCCUGGCGGCGUAAUGUGUUACUGAUGGUAGGCUUUGUUACUUUGGUCCCAGCUCUCUGCAGGUCAUUCACUAGGUCCCCCCGUGUGGUUCUGGGAUUUUUUCUCACCGUUCUUGUGAUCAUUUUGACCCCACGGGGUGAGAUCUUGCGUGGAGCCCCAGAUCGAGGGAGAUUAUCAGUGGUCUUGUAUGUCUUCCAUUUCCUAAUAAUUGCUCCCACAGUUGAUUUCUUCAAACCAAGCUGCUUACCUAUUGCAGAUUCAGUCUUCCCAGCCUGGUGCAGGUUUACAAUUUUGUUUCUGGUGUCCUUUGACAGCUCUUUGGUCUUGGCCAUAGUGGAGUUUGGAGUGUGACUGUUUGAGGUUGUGGACAGGUGUCUUUUAUACUGAUAACAAGUUCAAACAGGUGCCAUUAAUACAGGUAACGAGUGGAGGACAGAGGAGCCUCUUAAAGAAGAAGUUACAGGUCUGUGAGAGCCAGAAAUCUUGCUUGUUUGUAGGUGACCAAAUACUUAUUUUCCACCAUAAUUUGCAAAUAAAAUCAUUAAAAAUCCUACAAUGUGAUUUCCUGGAAAUGUUCUUCUCAAUUUGUCUGUCAUAGUUGACGUGUACCUAUGAUGAAAAUUACAGGCCUCUCUCAUCUUUUUAAGUGGGAGAACUUUCACAAUUGGUGGCUGACUAAAUACUUUUUUUCCCCACUGUAUGUACAGUCGUGGUAAAAGGUUUUGAGAAUGACACAAGUAUUGGUCUUCACAAAGUUUGCUGCUUCAGUGUUUUUAGAUAUUUUUGUCAGAUGUUACCAUGUUAUACUGAAGUAUAAUUACAAGAAUUCCAUAAGUGUCAAAGGCUUUUAUUGACAAUUACAUUAAGUUUAUGCAAAGAGUCAAUAUUUGCAGUGUUGACCCUUCUUUUUAAAGACCUCCGCAAUCCGCCCAGGCAUGCUGUCAAUUAACUUCUGGGCCACAUCCUGACUGAUGGCAGCCCAUUCUUGCAUAAUCAAUGCUUGUCAAAGUUAGUCAGAAUUUGUGGGGUUUUGUUUGUCCACCCACCUCUUGAGGAUUGACCACAAGUUCUCAAUGGGAUUAAGGUCUGGGGAGUUUCCAAAACUUAAUGAAGCUACUAGCUAGCCUAUUCAUCUUAUUCUUUAAAGUUUUAUGGCAGACUACACCUAUUAGUGUAUUGCCGCCACCUACUGUACGGGGUAUUGAAACAAAAAAAAUUCCAUUGCGGGAAGGGAGAGGGGAGGACCCGACAUAAUACAAAAAUAAAUCUAAUGACCAUCCCACUCCUUCAGUCACAUUGAAAUCACAUCCCUACACAGGCUCAGGUGCCUGUGAGGAUGGAGCAUUCAUCGACAGGAUUCCUUGAAAUGCCUCUGCAGAAAAAUUCCUCUGCAGAAAAACGCUCAACCGCACUCACAAUGAUGCCUAUUUUCUCAGAUUUCCUCUCCGUUUACGCUGUGCAGUUGAUAACCAAAGUGAUAAACGCUACAAAGUCCACCUUAUUAACAUGCAACAUGUCAGGAUCCCUCUGUUGACAAGGAACAUCAUCUUGUGUCUCUACUCCUACUACCAUUACUUCCUCAACUUCAAGCCUUUCUUCCACUCUUCUCAACGCCUCCGGAUAGGAGACAUUCUGGACAGCCUUUAUUCUUGCCACCUCUGUCUCCUUCAGCCUAACAGGACACUUCAGAAAUUCAGGUGCAUGUUCACCACCACAAUUGCAGCAUUUAGGAUCAGCUGGCAUAUAAUACUCCUCCCGUCUACAUACACUUGACACAUGACCAAAUAAUGUACAUUUAUCACACUGCAUGGGUACGAAGGCUCUCAUAGGAAAUCUCAUAUUACCCAAAUACACGUGAGAAGGGAGAGACUUCAUUAAACAAGUGAAUAAGGGCGGUACAUUGCAUGGUUAAGUGCCCAAUCAGAAUGCAUUUUUGGAUUUUAACUACUAUGAAAUUAAUACAUCCUCCCUCCCUCACCCCUCCUCAUAUCAUGAGAGCACACCCAGCAUAUAGCCUCUGUCCCGGUCUGUGCUACUGGCAGGCCCGUGCAGCGCUACACUGGCAAAACCAGACAGGGAAAUUCAUAUACCAUUUGUUGUUUAUGGGGAAACAAAACUGGGGAGGUACAAAUUCUAUCUGGGGGGGUCCAUGCCCAGCUUUGCCAACCCGUAGAGCCGGCCCUGGUUGAUACAACUUUGGAGAGUGAAAUGAUCUUUCUGCAAUUGAUUGAUUGAAUACCGGCCAUGGUCACAGAGUUCUUAUUGAUUCAAACAUAAAAUAUAUAAAGUAUACAAUAGGUGUGGCACAAUACUAUUAUUGUUUCUCAAGCCCCGUUUAUACCUGGUUCUAACUUUGUCCUGAUUUUGUCCACAUUCUGAUUGUGCCCAAUUUCUAGACAGGUGUAGACCAUCAAAAGACACAUUGUGAUCUAAUUGUGAUCAGAUCAUCCUGCCCACCUCCAGAGGUAGUCAGACACGCAUUGCAUCUAUACGCAUCCAGGCGGUGUCAGAGGACCUCUAUACCAGGCGGUGUCAGAGGAAGGCCCUCAAAAUUGUCAGACUCCAGCCACCCUAGUCAUAGACUGUUCUCUCUGCUACCGCACGGCAAGCGGUACCGGAGUGCCAAGUCUAGGUCCAAAAGACUUCUCAACAGCUUCUACCCCCAAGCCAUAAGACUCCUGAACAGCUAAUCAUGGCUACCCAGACUAUUUGCACUGCCCCCCCACCCCAUCCUUUUUACGCUGCUGCUACUCUGUUAAUUAUUUAUGCAUAGUCACUUUAACUCUACCCACAUGUACAUAUUACUUCAACUAUCUCAACUAGCCGGUGCCCCCGCACAUUGACUCUGCACCGGUACCCCCCUGUAUAUAUAGCCUCCCUACUGUUAUUUUAUUUUACUUCUGCUCUUUUUUUCUCAACACUUUUUUUGUUGUUUUAUUUUAACUUUUUUUGUUAAAAAUAAAUGCACUGUUGGUUAAGGGCUGUAAGUAAGCAUUUCACUGUAAUGUCUGCACCUGUUGUAUUCGGCGCAUGUGACCAAUAAAAUGUGAUUUGAUUUGAUCUGAAUAUCUUACAAAUGUAGACCAAUCUGGACAGAGAAACCAUUUAAAUCAUAAUUUUUCCACCCUCUAAAAUCAUUGAGAGGUGGCACCAUUGAUUGAUUACAUCAAUAUGUGUCUUACAUUAAAUAAAUAAUAUUUUGAAAGAUUAGCUGUGAAAUAAUUUGCAUAAAGAAGGGUCCAGGAAAUGUGGUCACAAUGCAGACAGUGGAUGGAUAACAGACAAAUGUUAAUACUGUGUAGACACAUUUCUAGAAAUAUGGGUACAGUCAGAAUGUAGACAAGAUCAGGACAAAGGACCCAUGUUAGCACCAGGUAUAAACGGGGCUAUAGAGAGGCAUUGGGAUUGAGCUGGUACAUACCGAAGCAGUGCCGUAGAUUGGUUUAAGUGUCCAAGUGAACCAGAGAGGACCUUUAGCACUUGAUAAAGUUUUUCUGCUAUGGUAGACUCUACAGUGCUGCUGACAUGUGGGAUGUUAUAUAACCAGUUCAGGGUGCCUUCCCAUGCAAGUCAGUGUUAGUAAACAAUAACAGGCUAAGCUCAGUCCAUAAAGGAAACUAAUGGUAGACAACACUCCUUGGCUGGAGAAAAAACUUUUUUUCUAUGACAGUGAGGCUGUGACUGCCCCCACCUGGUAAGUAUUGAAAAGUACCCCUCUCUGCUUCUGUGUUCAAAACAAAUACUACUUGUGUUGGCGAUUCUUCCCUCCCCCCUGGAUUUGUCAAUGAUUCGCAUAAAGUUGAACCUUGCUCAACUGGUAGCAUCACCAUUGCCAAUGGUUUCCAAUCACAUCAGCCCAGGGGGAAGAGAGUAAUGUUUCAUUAUUUUGAACAUGUGGGAGAAUUGCUCGCAGACAAAGUAAUCAAUUCAGGCCCUCAAAUGUUGAAAGUAUUUAUUUAACAAUUUACUUUGCAAUAACCAUAAACAGGCAUAGCAUCAAACUCAGUAUAGAACAAUAGUUGAUAACAGGACAAAAUGAAGGCUUGUGCUUUACAAAACCAUGGAAACAGAAUUGAGGGAGGGGUCGGGGCAAUGGGUUAUUGGAAUGCUGCUUCAUGUAGAAGUUGGUGUAUUUUCAGUUUUACAGCACUCUUCUUUCUAUGGGGGAGCUUCCUAAGAUACGGGAGCAAACUAAAGAAGAACAUCUCAUCCUCUAUGUCCUCCAGUCCGUCCAUCCCAUCCAUCUGCCACCUCCUCUUCCGGCUGGGCCCAUUAGAUCCCGACACAGUGUCAGGAGAGGGAGCAUCCUCAUCGUCUGCCUGGUCCCCCUCAAUCUCAUGGAUAAUGAAGGCUGAUUUAUCGUCCACGCCUUCUGUGGCACUUUCCCCGUUCCUCUCCCUUUCCUCCUCCUCCAAGUCAUCUGUGGUGUCUCCUUGCAAGCCCUUGGCCUGGAUGAAG